AUUUCAUUUAUUUUUGGUUUUUGCCACAAAAACUGUUAUUUUAAUUUAAUUUAAUGUGCUUCAGCGUACAUCAAUAUUUUCUUAAGACAAUUAAACAAAUGCAUGUGCAGUUCAUGAAUGUAAAAGAAGAUGAAUAAUUUUAUAUUACAGAUCAUUUGGACACUGAUCCUAAAGCGGACGUCUUUUCAAACUGCAUGGAUGCAUCUUUAUUUGCAUGUCUUUAAAUUAAUCUAUGCUAUAUUUUUAUUGUCAGGAUAUAAUGAAGCUGAAGGCUUCACUGAAGAAGUUGGGCUCUGUUGUCCGUGCCAUCCUCACCUUCCUCUUUGCUCUGCUGGUUCUGGGCAUCAUGGUGUGGGCCUAUGUAGCAGGUUUCCAGAUUGUGACAUCCUUGUAUGGAAUCAUCUCCUUUGGUUUUUACGGACUCCUUCUCACGCUGCACGUGCUUGUCCAGAGCCUCUUUGCCUUUAUUGAACACCGCAGAAUGAGAGCCCAAAAAGAACCUUGCAGCUACACGAAAACAGUCGGAUUCACCAUAUCUGCCUUCCAAGAGGACCCCACCUACCUCAGAGAGUGCCUCAACUCAGUUAGGGCACUGAAGUACCCACGGGAGCUGCUGCGUGUCAUUAUGGUGAUAGACGGGAACUCAGAGGAUGACAGAUACAUGAUGAACAUGUUCAGGGAGGUGUUUGCAGACGAGGAUCCUGGUCUCUAUCUGUGGAGGAACAACUACCACACGUGGGAUCCCACCCAAGCCCAGCAGGAUGAAAAUGUAGCAGCAAAAGUAGACGUUGAUUGUGUAUUUGAGGAGGAUCCUCAGAGAAAGGAAGUGGAGCACCUGAUCCAGACCAAAAAGUGUGUGUGCAUUAUGCAGAAGUGGGGAGGCAAGCGGGAGGUCAUGUACACAGCGUUUAAAGCUCUUGGAUCAUCAGUUGACUACAUACAGGUGUGUGAUUCAGACACAACGCUGGAUCCCUUAGCCACGGUGGAGCUGUGUAAGGUGUUGGAGAGUGACCCGAGGUACGGUGCAGUGGGAGGAGACGUGAUGAUCCUCAACCUCAGAGACUCUUACAUCAGCUUCAUGAGCAGUCUGAGGUACUGGAUGGCCUUCAACAUCGAAAGGGCCUGCCAGUCCUUCUUCAACUGUGUUUCCUGCAUUAGUGGUCCCUUGGGUCUGUACAGGAACGACAUCCUUCAGCAAUUUCUGGAGUCUUGGUACAACCAGACGUUUCUGGGAACUCACUGCACGUUUGGGGAUGACAGGCAUCUCACCAACCGGAUGCUGAGCAUGGGCUACGCCACAAAAUACACGGCACGCUCCAAGUGCUACACAGAAACCCCUGCUCAGUUCCUCCGCUGGCUAAAUCAGCAAACCCGUUGGACGAAGUCUUACUUCCGUGAGUGGCUCUACAAUGCCAUGUGGUGGCACAAGCAUCACCUCUGGAUGACGUACGAGUCCAUCGUUUCUGGUGUUUUCCCUUUCUUUGUCACCGCCACCAUCAUCCAGCUGUUUUGGACCGGGACGCUGUGGGACAUUCUCUGGAUCCUCUGCUGCAUUCAGCUCAUCGGUCUGGUGAAAGCUGCCUACGCCUGCCUCCUGAGCCGAGACUGGAUGAUGGUGUUCAUGUCGCUUUACUCGUCUCUAUACAUGACCAGCUUGUUGCCUGCAAAGUACUUUGCCAUCCUUACGAUGAAUAAAAGUAGCUGGGGGACGUCAGGCAGGCGCAAGAUUGUAGGUAACUACAUCCCCCUCCUUCCGCUGUCAGUGUGGGCUGCUCUCUUAUUGGGUGGGCUCGUUUACACCGUCUACAGGGAGACUCACGAGGACUGGUUAAGUCCAGCUAAACAACUGGAGACUAGGUUCCUUGUGUUUGGUUGCAUGGCCUACAUAUGUUACUGGCUACUGAUGAUGUUCCUCUACUGGGUCUGUUUCAGAAGGAUAUGUCGGAAAUACUCCCAAACUUACACAGUAAACGUUUAGAUAUGAACCAUAGACCAAAGAAAGGGGCGGAGCUUCUUCUGUUAUUCAAAAAGGAAAGCCAUGAUGUCCUGUUAAGCUGAAGAUGCCAUGUUGAAAUUUUGAAACCACAGUCUGUACACUCAGGAUGUGGAACUGAAAGCCCCACCUACUCACCAGCAGACAGUAAUGUUAAUAGGGAGCUAUAAGAUACACCCAUCUGUUUCCGGACCACCGGUCCCUGGAGGAAGGAAAAAAUGGAUGCAAAUUUAUGGGGCUAAAAACGCUUUUUUCUAAUUCCGCUUGUUAUGACCCAUGGAUUUCACAUAUGAUGUCUGUGAAAUUGAAAGACGCAUUUUGAUGCCAAGAAAGUGCUUAUUUUAGAACAAGGAGGGGCGUUGUUUUAGGUUUGGUGUGAAAAAACGUCCAGGACUACAAAUGCGCUUCACCAAAGUGACGUCAUCGAACUAAACAGAUAAAAACAGAGGGAAAAAUGGCUGUAAGUUCAGCAAACUUAAAAUUCUUCCUUCAGGAGGAAAGAACCAUCACAAAUGUGACUGUGAGGUAAGUAGCUGCUACGCCAGAGGUGAAGAGAUUCUGUGGAGACGUCAUGCGACGCGCCGACAGCUGAUCUCAAAGUAUGUGACUGGUGUGCUCAAAACACUAAUCAUUACUUUUCAUUUAAAUUGAAGUAGAACAUAUGUGCGAUCCAGCGCGUAAGGCUAAGCAGAUUAGAAAAUAGCUCUUUUAGCCUCAUUGACUUGUACUCAUUUGUUCGUUCUUCCAGGGAUGCAAAAGCUGUCAGGAAAGGGAAGAGACUAAAGCUUGGGUUAUGCUUGACGCAUUUACUUUCCGCUUGGUGAUGCGGCUCACAACUUGCAGCGUUUAUGGUUCAUGCGGCUUGUCUCUGCAGUGAGCCAAUAUUCUCCCAAACUGUAGGGGGCAGCAUGGAGCUCUACGGCAUGCAUCCAACACUACACCAUAGUAGAAGUAAAAAUUACUGUUGUUUACAACAUGUCAUUCCAGCAUUUUUAACUGCGUCCUCGUCUUUUCCGACAGUGGGAGCUAUUUCUCUCCAAGAGUUAUUAACAACAUGUUGAUCACGGUGAUCUCUGAGAGCUGAAUCAUACAAAUGUCUGUAUUUACGAAUUUCUGCCAUACUAGUUCUUGCCAGUCUGCCAUGUUUUUCCGCGUCUGACUGCCCACGUGGUUAGAAAAUUUCCUAGGUGCGCGUUGCGGAAAGUUUGGGCCGUGCGGAGGCGCGGUGGAGGGGCAUGGUUGUUAAAAUGACGCAAUUUUGCCGCGCGGAGCCGUGCGAACCUCACGGACGCGUCAAGCAUAAACCAAGUUAAGGCUCCUUAUGGUAAAACCAUCAAAUUGUUACGUACAGAAAAAUGUGUGUGUUGAUAAAGAUCAGAACUUAAAAAAAUACUGAGGGCUAUUUUUGAGUUUAAAAUAGGAAUAAUAUCCAUGUUUACAUGGAGGGGCGGAGCUUAUAACUUGGACCAAAACCCACCGCUAGGGGCAGCUUGUCUUGUUGACACUUCAACAACAGGAUUACACUAAGAAGUGUAUCAUAAUGAUUUGAACAGAGAAGAUUAUUUAUUUUCACAAAUCAGAUUUAAGGAUGGAAACAUAUUUAGCUUUAUUUGAAUCCAGCUUUAUUUAUUUUAUUUAUUUAUUUCCAGACACUGAGAAGACUUCUCAAUGUUUCAUUCCAUUGAGUUAAAACUAAGAUAUUUAUUUGUGAUAUCCAAAUAAAACUAUUCUGAAGGAGUUGAUGCACUAAUUUAUGUUUAAAAACUACUUUUUCAUGAACUUUUUAAAAAUUUAUUAUAAAACAAUUUAUGUGUUUUUCCAUGGAUGUUUAUGAGGAUUACUGUGAUUGUUAGAGAAAACUUUUUCUUUACAAUGUCUUUUAUUGCACUGUAUUCUGGGCUGCAUCUCUGCAUUUGUGCAGACUUACUUGAAAUAUGACACCUGUUGAGGAUGCUGCAUUGUGAAAUAUAAGCAAACAGAGAACGAUCCUCCACCUUUGACCAACUACAGUCAUGCAGUAUUAUAUGAAAUGUUUGAAAGACAUUUUUUAUGACUGCUGAUGUAUAUAUGUUUUAAUAUGUGAAAAUGUAUGACAUUUUUGGAAGCACUGUGUUUCUGUUGUUCCAGAACUGGAUAAACUCAUGUGUGUUUUAGAUGUUUUGUUGGCUGGAAAAUAAAAGGUAAAAUGUGAAAAGCAUACAUUGCACUUCUUUUCAAUAAAGUAUUUUUAAUAGCACAUUUUUUCAUGAAAAAUAUGACCUGCCCAAGUGGCAUGUAAUAAAAGCUAUUUCUCCAAACAGAGGUCAUUCAGACUGUUUUAAACAGUAACUAAAGUAAAUAUUUUGUGAUUUACAAAAAUGAUGAAAUAGGAGGUAUUUUUUUC